GCUCAUCUUCUCUUUCUUUGAGCCACUAUAAAUCCUUCCCUCAACGGUUCAAUUCACUUACACAAAUUACUUCAUUUCUCUCUUCUCAAGCCAACAAAAACAGCCCACCCAACUCCAAAGAUUAAAAUCUAAAACCCGAAGAAAUUAAGGAAGAAACAGAUCAAGAACAAUGAAGACAGGAUUGGUGGUUGACAGUGGUUAUAUUUACCAAGAAGAGAAGCAUCUCACUGUGCUUAAAACCUCUCUGUUCUUUGCUAAUGAUGGCUUCACUGUGUAUGAUUGCAAAGGUGAGUUAGUAUUCCGAGUCGACUCUUAUGGCGGUCCUGAUAAUCGUGACAAUACUGAAGUUGUUCUUAUGGACGCUCAUGGUCGCUGUCUUCUCACUGUCAGAAAAAAGAGGCCGAGUCUACACCACAGGUGGGAAGGUUAUAUAGGAGAAAGAUUGGAGGGACAGAAACCCAUCUUCAACGUGAGAAGAUCAUCAAUAAUCGGACGGUGCAGCGUGGCGGUGGAAGUGUACGGGAAUCCAGGGGAAGAGUACCAAAUAGAAGGAUCAUAUGCAAAUAGAUCUUGCACAAUUACCAAUGCAAUUAAAGAAUCAAUGGCUGAGAUCAGACGCAAAGUAGAUGCUUCUACAAACGUUGUGCUUGGUAAGGACGUUUUCACCCUUUGCUUAAAGCCAGGGUUUGAUGGUGCUUUUGCCAUGGGAUUAGUUCUCAUUCUUGAUCAGAUCAACGGUGCGGAUGAUGCUGAAGAACAGACUCAGGUGUACCCCGCCGCAGAGGAAUAACGGGGGGGUGGUGCGUGAUGAGUGGCGGCGAUUUACUUGACAUUUGGGUUCAUGAUAAAGAAUUUUUUUAAAUUUGACUUUUUUUUAUGAGUUUGGGUGGGUCAUGUAAGUGUUAUCUUUGGGGGAAAGUAGAAGAGUUGUUAUCUUCUUGUCUCUAAAAAUCCUUUGAUGUAAUUAUUAUGAAAUGAUGACAAUAAUUUCUCAACA